CUCCCUUUGAAGGUUUCGAGGACAAAGGGCGAAACCCAAAUUUCUACAAAUUUUCCUUCCCUCUGUUUAUCCGCCUUGUCUGUGUCGAGAAAGGAUUGGAGAUACGUCCUUCGUAGAGUUGGGCGCUUGAGUAAAUUCUUAGCGUUUUCGUUACUCUUCGGAAACAACCGGGAAAGAAUUGAACCUGCCUGUCCUAUUAACUAUUUUAUUCGCUCUACUGCCUUCAUUUUCUCCAAGAACUCAUCGUUCAUUACGCGUACUGCAAUCAAAUCCCAUUCGCCCUGCUCUUCCCCUUUCUAUUUGAACGGGAACAAAUGGCCUCUUCUUCAUUAUUUCACCAGCAAAAUCAGGAAUUAAAUGCUUUCUCUGGAAUAGAUCCUGCCGGCAAAAGAAGGAGGGUGUCUGAAUCUUCAAAAAUGUUUGAUGUUUUUAUCAAUCACAGAGGCCCCGAUGUCAAACAAACUUUGGCUACUCAGCUUUACAACUCCUUUGAGCGGUUGGGAAUAAGGGCGUUUCUUGAUUCGGAAGAGAAGGAACUUGGGAAUUCGUUUCCUUCUACCAUUGAGACAGCCAUCCUCUCUGCAAAGGUACACAUAGCCAUCUUUUCCAUAAGAUAUGCACAGUCACCUUGGUGUUUGGCAGAGCUGGUUCUCAUGCUACAAAGUGAGGCCAAAAUUAUCCCUGUGUUCUAUCAAGUGAAGCCUUCUGAUCUUCGCUACAUAGAAAAGGGAGCAUACGCUCAAGCAUUCAUUGAAUAUAGACAGAAGGGCAGAUACCUGGACAAGCUUAACGACUGGAAGGAAGCCCUUCAGUCUCUUUCACUUAUAGCCGGGGAAGAAUUUUAUAGUGAUCGGGAUUACGGAAACAUAGUAGCAGCUGUGCAGAAAGAAGUGCGAAGGAAAACACCUUUGUAUGUUGCAGAAUAUCCGGUGGGGCUUAACAAUCUUGUGGAAGAUUUUCAAAGGCGAUGCCUCGAUGAACUUGUAGAAGAUUUUGAUAAUCAGUGCAAGCAGGGAGAAGGGAAGGAUAAGGCUAGGGUGGUGGGCAUUUUUGGGUUAGGCGGAUCGGGGAAAACAACUCUGGCUAAAGAGUUGUUUAACCGUAAGAAAUCGAAUUACACUACUGCAAGUUUUUUGUUUGACGUGAGAGAAGCAUCUACGAGAAACGAAUUACCAUCAUUGCAAAUCAAGCUUCUCAAAGAUCUCUUUGGCAAAAAGAGCAGCUUUACAAGGAAAGAGGAAGGAGCAAGCUCUCUCAAAGAUCAUCUAUCAAGGGCCCCAAGUUUAAGCUCACUAAUUGUUGUAGAUGAUAUCGAUCAUGUGGACCAGUUAAAUGCUCUGCAGGUCAUGGAUUUCUUAAAUAAAUCUGGUAAUAGUCUGGUUAUUGUCACAACCCGUGAUGCUGGUGUGCUUAUAACUGCAGGGAUUAAUGUUGGUUAUCAUUUAAAAGGAAUGGAUAGAAAUGAUUCAAGAGAACUAUUCUGUUGGCAUGCCUUCCGCCAAACCCAUCCAUGUAGCGGGUAUGAGGUGCUGGUUGACUCCUUCGUAGACAUGUGUGUAGGCUUACCUCUGUCUCUUAAGGUUCUGGGCGGACACGUUCAUGGAAGAGAUCAAUGGUUUUGGGAGUCAGAAUUGAUCAAAGCUAGGAAGAUGCUGCCUCAAGACGUAAAGCAAAGACUCAAAAUAAGUUUUGAUUCUUUGGAUGAUGAACAAAAACAGGUUUUCAUAGAUAUUGCUUGUUUUUUUGUGGGCAAGCAGACGAGUGUAGCCGAAAGUGUAUUGGAGGCAUCAGGAUGGAAUGCUCACAAUGCAAUAGAAAGACUCAAGGAUAAAUGUCUUGUAGAAGAAAAGAUUGAAAGUUUGAGCCUGGGUCUAAAGGAGAAAGCUGAAUUGAGUAUGCAUGACCACCUGAGGGACUUGGGAAGAGAAAUGGCACAUGAGCGCAGCCCUCCUCAUCGACUGUGGCGUCCUCAAGAUCUGAAAUCUCUGGAAUCGAAGGGUUUCAAAAAUAUACUCACCAUACCCGACAUCAGGUGUUUCCUUUCCAUUUUCGACAAGUCCAUGGGUUCUAAAGUUACAUUCUUUUUAGGCCAAGAAAAUAAUCGUUUCGAGACAUCAGGUUCCUUACUAUGGCUCCAGCUUGAGGGCAAUUCCACAGAACAGCCAAGCAUGCCUCCAUGGAUUCCCCUUCAAAAUUUGCAGUGUUUGAGAAUCCGCUCGGUACAAUUCAAAACGUUGUGGGGCAAUGACAUGCAGGCACCUUCCCAGUUGAAAGAGCUGCAAAUUUCUCAAACCUCUUUAAAAGAGUUUCCAGAUUUUCGAGGAAUAUCAGAUAAUUUAGAGAAUGUGUUCUUAGAUGCCCGAGGAUUGCCGAUCCAAGGUUUGUCUUUACUAGAAUCUCUCAGUAUGAAUCUUUCUAGCAUAUAUCUGAGAUUUUCCACAUUAAAGGGGGAACGGGGUUACAGUGAAAGAGGAAAGAAGACUCAGUGUGAAUCUUUGGUUAUAGAGAACUUUAAAUUUAAUGGGGAAGUGGAUUGGAAUAAUGGGAAGGCCCAUAUGAGAGGCCUUGAAAAGAUAGAGAUUAAUGGUGAAGAAUUUUUAUCCAAGAUUUUGAUUAGUGGAAUUCACUAUCCCAGCCUUACGUCCAUCAAACUUCAUAACAUGGAAAAUCUUAUGGAAGUUGACUUAACAAAGGUAAAGACAUUAAAUUGCCUGGAUAUUAGAAACUGUCAAAAACUCAAAAUAUUGGUCGCAACAUCUGAUCUUCCAAAUCUUGUACUGUUAAAUAUUAGUCAAUGCCCAGAGCUGGAAAGGAUCACAUUUGAGCAUUGUGAGCAGUCCAAAAAUUUGUCGGGAAUUUCAAAUCCUAGGAAUCCUGUAGAAUCCAAGGAUAAAAUUACUUUUGAAAAAUAUAGUCACUUGAAAAGUGUAUCAGGAAUAUCUAAUCUGGAAAAACUUGUAGAAUUGGACUUUUCUGAUUGUGAGAAGCUAGGACUUGAGUACAUGUGCCUCAGUGGUAUGAAGUGUCUGGAAAAGAUAGCGUUAGGGAGAAAUAUGAUGGUGAGAUAUUUUGAGUUGGAUGGUUGUCAAAAUUUAAAAACAGUUGAGUUUCUUUGUGAAAAGCUUGUAGAAUUAAGAAUUCAGGGCUGUCCGGUGCUUGAAGUGAUCCCAGAAUUUAAAGGUCAAAAUUGCCUCGAGAGGAUUAUAAUUGAUGGAUGUGGGAAGCUUGCAUGUCUUCAUGUGUAUGGCUGUGAUAAUUUGAAAAGCGUUUCAGUGAAGUUCAAGAGUAGAUCUUUGUUUAGUAAAGAUUGUCAUGAGCUUCAGGGGUUUUCAGGAAUCGGCGAUAUUAUGGAGCUUACAGAGUGCCCCGAGCUUGAGGAGUUGCCAAGUCUUUUCGGAGUCAACAACACGGAGAAAUUUGAGAUUUAUGCUUGUGAGAAGAUACAGAACAUUAUACUGCCAACAGCACUCAACAUGGAGAAAUUUGUGAUUUAUGAUUGUGAGAAGAUACAGAACAUUAUACUGCCAACAGCACUCAACAAGUUGGAUAUACGCAGAUGCAGAGAUUUACAAAGAGUAGCAGGAACCAGCGAUCUUAUGGAGCUUAGAGAGCUGAUUAUUUAUGAUUGUCCUGAUCUUGAGGAGCUGCCAAGUUUUGCCAGGCUGAGCUGCAUGGAGAGGAUAGCUAUCCAUUCUUGUGAGAAGCUGCAGAACAUAUCAGGUGUUGAAGGGUUACUUUCAUUAGGAUUUAUGGGACUUUGUUACUGCCGCAAGGCGUUAACAUGGAAUUGCAUUCAAAAGUUGAAGUGUGUGCCGUCAGGGUUAGUCGCGACUGGAAGAGCAGAGGAUGGAGCAGAGUCGAGUUUAAACGAAGAUCUGUUUUGUGAGGCUAAUAUUGGCGUCGAUGGUGUGAUUGAUAUUGGUAGUGGCGAAUCUUAUCCUGAGUGAUCAGAAUUCAGUGCAGCAGUUAUUUGGUGCUAUGUGGUUGUGGUUGAUAGCUCUACUUCGGUAGAGGAUCGAAUGAGAGAAUUAUUUUCAUCAGGAAAAAGUAUAAUUACAAUGGUAGCAUAUAAUGAUAGGGAAUUCAUUACUUUAAAGAAAGGCGAAGAUGAUUUCAUGAGAAAUGGAAGUCAAGAAAGGAGUUCGGGUAGAGGUGAAAAAAGGAGAAGAGCGGAAAACAAUGGGUUUGAUGAGUACAAUUUU